CUGCGAUAUCAGUUCACUCACACCAAUACGCCACCCAUCGCCAGACUCACCAUGGACUUGGUCCUUCAACGAAUUUUGAGCUGUUCGAAGGAGUAUCUUGGACGAAUUCCGCCUUCUAGGCACUUUGUGCGGCCUGGAAACGAACGAGUUCUCCCUAUUUCAUUACCUGAACCACCUUCUCUGCUGUCUGCUUUGGUUAAUGCCGGUGCGCCGACCGCGUUGGCCGAGGAGAUGCAGCAAGCUUAUCAACAGCGAGCCUCUGAACUUAAACAUCACUAUGAGACCGCCGCGCUUCAAGUAGCACUUUCCACAUCACGGCACUCGGGCCCGUCUACCUCUCCGUCCCUCGAAUCCGAACUCUUCACUACCAUCAAAGAGUUAUACACUACGAAACUCGAAGGCUGGCUGAGAGAUGGCUUGUCAUUGUAUAAGAGCCAUACAGUCAUAAAUUCUGGUCAAAACGACCGUCCACACCGAGGCAGGGGCACACAUGUGACAUUUAAUAUCGAAUACGUUCCUCUGCUAGAACGCUUUUUUGAUGAAAACCCCUUCCCAACGCACGCCGACAAAGUCUUUCUCGCUAAGAAAUCUGGCAUGACAUACAGGCAGAUUCACGUUUGGUUUCAAAACAAACGCAAACGCACUCGCUCCAGGAAGGAGGGAAAGUUUUUGCUCAAGAAACCCCUGCUGGACGGAACAACGCUUUCUCAAGGCACACCAUGCGAUCAGGUGAAACAGCACUUGAAGCGGAACGAAGUUUGCAACCGACUAUCUACAUUAAGGGGUGAAGCCAUAGAUCCAUUUGACGCUCCAGCGCCCCCUCAUGCCUUUCCUUCGACCUAUCCACCCCCCCCUCGAUGCGAGCCCUUUCUAGAAAAUAGUGUAUUACAAUCCCACUUGCUACCUUGGCAGAGGCGACCUUCGCCUGUCCGGUCUUCCCCGCUGGAAGUCAUGAGCAUGUCGGGUCUCAUGGAGAUAUUCUCAAAGUUGAGUGUUAGGGAUGACCAUGGCCGCCAGUGUCAGCAAACCCGCCCAGCUCACACACUUGAAAUUGGUGCUGCAGUUGCGUCAAUCACUGUUAAACCAUUUGCAGCACCACUAUUUGCAACCUGUCGGACGGCAGGAUUCACUACCAAACCCCCACUAAUUCUUCUUCCCUCCGUUCUUGCUCCUCGAGACCGUUUACGUCCCUUCCGUACACUCAGUCCACGGUCUCGACCUGUCACGUUGAUACAACCUUCUCUUCAGGCGCCGUUUAAAGGCGGGCGAAAAAUAGCUCCCCUGCCCAAACGGGUGCCACAAACUUCAACACGAAAUCUGCCACAUUCAACUCCAGAUUCCCUGGGGCGUCAUCGGCCAUCUUCUGGCUCUUCCAUGCGAUCUUCGUCUUCUGAAUCGAGUUCACCGGCUGCCACAACACCGGAAGCGGUUUCGUCUCCGUUACCUCAACCGGUCGAGCUAUCCACCUUUCGAGAACCUCUCCCUUCGAUUGGCUUGGAUGAUUUCAAUGAUCUUGCCAAACAUCCAUUGAAGGACCUUCGACUUGAUCCUUCACCGGCACUUCAUUCAACACCCAAUGUAAUUUCCCAAUUUUUGAUCUCGCAAGAUAACCAUACCAUCAUGCAGGCUAUGCAGAAGACGGUCUCGCCGCCGCACACCCGUCUUCCACUACGCAUCAGGCCUUGAUGUUCACACCUUUUCACAUAUACCGUGCUAUUUACACCGUAUGCGCAAUGCAUUGCCUUCGAACGAUGUCAGCGAAGUAAUACUUACACUGUAAUAACACGCAGCUAUAGCAUACCACACAAUUCAGAAAUAUCCCGGACCACGCAUCAGACAUGUUUUUGUACUCGUUAUCUCGCCCGGUUGACCAGUCUACCUUUCGAGUAUCCCUUCUUUCGAUUGGCCUGCAUGAUUUCCACAGCCCUGCACGCGUCGUUUGCGGACAAAGCGAUGUCAAACAUUUUUUUGUAAUGUGAUUCGCAACCCCUGUACAGUACAGCGGCCACGACAUACACCACUUACGCU